AUGGAUGCACCUGUAGUAUGUAUUGGAGGAAGCAGAGUAUGGAGAGCUGUAGUGCCAUUGAUUUGUUUUGAGAUGAUAGAGCUACAUUGCCCGGAUCGUGUGAUGAGGCAAUUUGGUAUUACGCAGCAUGUCCCGCAUCCAGUGGAUACCAACGAAAAAUUGCAUGAUCUGAAUAGGCAAGGUCGCGGUGAUGUGGAUUGGAGUAUCCAAAAUGCCACAUGGAUAGCACAAUGGGAUGAUAGACUUAGCCAAAUCGCACAGGAGCGAUUCCCUCGAACGAGCAUUGACGAGUAUAUGCAUUGGUAUUUCUCGAUAACUAGACGGGUUAUUGGUGCUCCAUCGACAGUGAGACGACUUGCAGAUCUUGACUAUGCGCCUCAGGGGGGUCGACUACGAAGAGUGGCUACUUUGGCAUUGGCGGGAGCGAGAAGAGCUGCUAAUGCAUUACGUGAUGCAGUAAAUGAGUCCGCCGCUUCCAUUGCAACUAAUUGGUUGGGGUCUUGCCGCGACAUUCUGGAAGAGGUUGGUGAGGGUAAUCGAUUUGAGGAGAUUAUAGGCAAUGUGGAAGCUAUACCCCAACAUCGUCGCAGGCAUCCAGGAGGUCCAUCACAUAUACGUACUCGUGUUUCUCGUGCACCUGACUUUACAAUGCAUGCCUCACAGUUGACACAAGAUGAGCCUGGUCAAUCUACCACUCCUACGACAUGGGCUAGGCACCGGACCAUAUGA